AUGUCCCUCCUACCCCAGCAGUUGACCAAGCUCCACCAGCUGGCCAUGCAGCAAACCCCCUUUCCUCCCCUCGGACAGACCAACCCCGCUUUCCCCGGAGAAAAGCUGCCUUUACACUCCUCCGAAGAAGCUCAAAAUCUGAUGGGCCAGUCGUCAGGUCUGGACGCCAGCCCCCCGGCCAGCACUCACGAGCUCACCAUUCCCAAUGAUCUAAUAGGCUGCAUAAUUGGACGCCAAGGGACCAAAAUCAAUGAAAUUCGACAGAUGUCUGGAGCUCAGAUCAAAAUUGCCAAUGCCACAGAAGGGUCAUCCGAGCGCCAGAUCACCAUCACAGGGACCCCAGCCAACAUCAGCCUUGCCCAGUACCUCAUCAAUGCCAGGCUGACAUCUGAGGUCACUGGGAUGGGUGCGCUCUAAUCCUGCCCGAUGGCCUCCGACCCAUGAACCCUGACCUCCACCCGGCUCGCACACUCUGUACAGACCGCCCGCCCGCCAUUCGUCGCAAAUAUAAAUAGAGGUUUUCUUUACUAACAAGUCAUCUAUGCCAUAGACAUACACACGCUAACGAAGCAGAUCUAUAUUAUAUCUGUGUGUCAGCUCCAGGCUCUGUCCCUGAUACUUCUCUCGGAAUUAAUUUAUGCUCACGUGUUCAUGCACUGGCAUGCGGUGUUAAUUAUUUUAAAUGCUUUGGGGGCACUCCCAUCUGUGACAUUUUAGAAAUACUGUCCGUUAGUGUCCAUGUACCUGUUUAAGAAUUGUUUUGACGUUUUGACAGCACUUCCCACAAGCCGUCUCUCCUAGACCGCCUAGAACUGUGGUUGCUUUGAGCGGGUUUGCUCCCACCCAGCACCCCCUGCUGAUUCGGCCCCCCCACCCCCCCCGGAGCUUGUGCUUGCUCGGCCCACAUGUCCACACAGGUCUGCACUGGGGGCAGGGGAGGGAGAACGGAGGACCAGGUCCUGGGUCAGAGUGCAGGCGAGGUGGGGGGUGCUGGAGUCCUGACUUCACUGAAUGGUCACAUGCUGGGGACGCACACGUGGGCCCCCAGGCGUCUUCGGGGGGCUGGCCAGGAAGCGCCUCUGCACCACGUUGUAGUUCAAUAAAUACUGUGCGCUGCCCCUCA